AAUUAAAAAUUCUCUUUUACAAACGAUUUUUAUUAGGUAAACGAAAAAGGAAACAAGCAAAAAUAUAAAUUAUAUUAAGUAGAAAAUAAAACAAAAUACAAAUUUUGCGAAAACUCAGAACCAUUUCCAACUGCUACAAAAAAUCUAUCCAGCGUAUCAAAAUUCUGGUGGCCUGAUGGACGUAAUUAUCGAUCACAUUUUGCAUUUUCUACAAUUCGAUGUGACCAGCAUUUUCCGGAAGGGCAGCGAGUGUUGUCUCUGUUCCAUGAGCGUUUCCACGCCACGCUUCACUGAAUCAGUGGAGAGAUGUCUUGAAAAUGUCUAUGAGCCGCACCCACAUAUCACAAAAGGCGACGAAAUGAUGCAAUGUGACGAAGAUGAGGAUUUUGAUGACCCAGAUAACCAAUUGGGGGAUUUUUGCGAGGAACUGAAGCAGAUGGAGAUUGAAGAGAAUGAAUGCAGUAGCAAAUCAAAACAGUCACAAGUAAGGCGGAGUGAAUGUGCGGCAGAAAGUGAGUGCCUGUCGGAUGACGUGAAAGACGAGCCACCCUGUGAAGAAAAUAACGCAGAUCCGAUGGCAGGUGGUGACAAAUGCACUUGUGAGGCAGUGUGCAAGCGGGUUGUGUCAAAAAUAGCUGAUAAAUGCUCGUCGUCGACAUUGUUGGAACUGCAUUGCAUUGAGGAGCGGGCUGUCAAAUUAUGGGAGACACUACACUCGCAUAUGCGCAAUAAUAAUUGCGGAAAGCUUCCCAACUGGUGGGAUCUAAAAAGUUGGCAGAAACUGCCAUUCUACUGGGCUGCACUUUCCAAUGAGAUACUCUGCGAUGAUCCUUUCGAGAAUUUCAAACAAUUUUACAUAGGCAACAAAAAGUCAAGCAAGCGCAUCGCCAAGCAUCAAUUAGAUCGGACGCUCGUAAUGUGGCACCGAUUAAGUGUCAAGCAGCGGCUACCCUUCGUCAUGGAGGCUUUCAUUAGCAAGGUAGGAUCGGGCAAGGUGAACAUCGCCGACGAGCAUGAAAUUCAUCGCAUCAUCCGUGACUUGCAAAACAAAUGAGUGUGGUUCGGGUGUGGUAGCUAUCAAAUGGAGCAUCACACCCACCAGCGUCCACACUUUUGCACCAUUUUGUGUGAUUAUGAGUAUAUGUAUGUGUGUAUCAGUGAAAUAUUUGAAUUUAAAUCGAAGAAGUGCAUGUAAGUGAAAUAAAUGUGUGCGUCUAUGUGAUGUUCAAAAAUAA